AUGCUUCUCAUUAGGAAUAAAAUAAAAUUUUCAUGCAGAGUACACCGCACUGAGAUCGAGCAUCUUCCAACACAAUCUCUCGCUUGUGCUAGCGACGACAUCAAACCUCUCAAGCGUGCCCAUUUUAUACUUCCCCAACUUGUCACGGUUUACCCUAUAUCCUCUACCAACCCUCCGUCAACACCGAACCUCAAAGAUGAGAAACGGGCAAUCGAAGAGAGAGAGGCGGAGACGCCGGAGAGACGCAGGAGAGUUGUCAGAGGCAACUCUAUUGGUCCGAACGAAACGGAAGAUUGGUGGAAUUUGGACAAGGUGGAAUCGUUCUAUAGAGAGUGUUGCGCAUCAAGAGAGGAAGAACCAGAUCCCGCGAUCUCUGCUGCCUUUAAGGUGACAAAAUUUACUUGCGGGUUCCAAGAGCACAUCAAGCUAAUCUCACGGUAA